AGCACGCACGGCAGGGCAGCCGCACACGGAUCUAUCUCCUCCUCAUCAUCAUCUGCGGAGUCGGAUCGGCCGCCAGAGCCCCCUCAGCAUCAGCAUCAGCAGCCAGCCAUCCUCUCCUCCUUCCGCGUCCUCUGCAGGGAGAUGGCCGGCAUCCUGGCGUGGUUUUGGAAUGAGAGGUUCUGGCUCCCCCACAACGUAACCUGGGCUGACUUAAAAAACACAGAUGAGGCGACGUUCCCGCAAGCCGAGGACCUUUAUCUGGCGUGUCCUUUAGCAUUCUGCAUCUUUAUGGUCCGGCUGGUCUUCGAAAGGUUUAUUGCAAGACCAUGUGCCGUGGGCCUGAAGAUCCAAGCCAACGGACCACAAAAAGCACAGCCUAACGCUAUCCUGGAGAAGGUUUUCACUGCGAUUACCAAGCACCCAGAUGAGAAGAGGCUGGAGGGCCUGUCCAAACAGCUAGACUGGGAUGUGCGAACCAUCCAGCGAUGGUUCAGGCAACGGCGCAACCAAGAGAAGCCGAGUACUCUCGCCAGAUUCUGCGAAAGCAUGUGGAGAUUUACGUUCUACCUAUACAUAUUUACCUAUGGGGUGCGUUUCCUUAAAAAGACCCCAUGGUUAUGGAACACUAAAGAAUGCUGGUACAACUACCCUUACCAGCCACUGACCGUGGACAUCCACUACUAUUAUAUACUGGAGCUGUCGUUCUACUUGUCAUUACUCUUUUCCAAAUUCACUGACAUCAGGAGGAAGGACUUUCUGAUCAUGUUCCUGCACCACGUGGCAACAAUCUCUCUCAUCAUAUUUUCGUACGUGAACAACAUGGCACGAGUGGGAACUCUGGUCAUGUGUCUCCACGACGCUGCUGACGUGCUCAUAGAGGCUGCCAAGAUGGCCAACUAUGCCAAAUGUCAGAUACUCUGCAACCUUCUGUUUGCAAUGUUUGCAAUUCUCUUCAUAAGUUCCAGACUGGCAGUUUAUCCCGUCUGGAUUUUAAAUACCACUUUAUUCGAGAGUUGGGAGAUUGUAGGGCCGUACCCAUCCUGGUGGGUCUUCAACUUGCUUCUAGUCCUGCUGCAGCUCCUCCACUGUUUCUGGUCUUACCUCAUAGUGAAGACGGCAUGUAGAGCCAUCUCCAAAGGAAAGGUGGGGAAAUGGAAUCCUUUACAUGUGUCUAAAGAUGACCACAGCGACAUAGAGUCCAGCUCUGACGAGGACGACAGCCCCCCGCCCAAUCAGAAGCACCACAGCAGCGCCACCAACGGGACCAACAAAAACGGGACCAACGGUUACCUGACGGGAGCCCCGUAUCCCGACGAACACUGACUUGACUGAUAUCGAUGAAUGCGGGUCACGCUGCAGACACCGACCAUUCAUCAGCGUGUGUGUGUAUUUCUGUGUGUGUCUAUUGGAGUGUGUGAUGGAGGCCUGAACGACGUCAUCGCCUCGUCAUGGUCUGGAAGGUCCCGAUACAUCCAAGUGAAUGCGGUUUUUGUUAUUUGUUCUUUACUCAUUUCUUUUGCGCCGUUUAUUCUCUUCAUCUAUAUAUUUGCAUCAAACUGCACUCACUGAAAAAUCAGAGCACUCCUUUUACUACAACCCACUCAGAAGAUCCAUCUAGCCGACUAUUGACAGCAUUUCACUUUAUGGUGUAAGCAUGCUACUUUAACUUACAGCUGUCUGGCAUUGUGUACGGAAGCAGGGGUUGUUUUCUCUCUAUGUUUAUGUAUUUCUAUGUUAUUUAAUUUUUAUAAACACGUUUGCAGGCUGUAGUCAGACAUGACAGUGUUAUAAAAAAAAUCUUGAGCAUCCACACAGCUGUGUUUUUCACAUCAUUUAAUGAGUAUUAGCAAAAUGUUGAACAGCUCGGUUUAGUUGUAAUGCUACACUCCAAAGAUUUGCCAAAACACUGAUUUUUUUUAAGUUUGUUUUCACUCACAAAUUGAUAGUAAUGUGAAGUUUACUCACAUUUGAAAAUAUUCUCCACUCCAACUGUGUAUGAGAUGUGAAUAACAGUAUUACGCGUGUGCGUCAGAUCUGGACGGAUGCUGCAUUCCUUACUGACUCCUUUUGUUAGGUAUUCUGGUACAUUUCUGGUAAGCAUUGCAUUAAAGGCCAUUUGUCCUUUUAUGAGGUACAGACAUGAACUGUUUGAAUUAUUCAAUUAAAAAAAACCAUGAC